AUGAAGCUUGUAAGAUUCUUGAUGAAACUCAAUAAUGAGACUGUGACCAUCGAGCUCAAGAAUGGCUCACUAGUCCAUGGAACAAUCACUGGUGUCGAUAUGCAGAUGAAUACCUACCUCAAAACUGUCAAGAUGACAGCCCGUAAUCGAGACCCAACAUCCCUCGACUCCCUAUCUAUUCGUGGCAACAACAUCCGGUAUUUCGUGCUCCCUGAUGCACUUCCUUUAGAUACUCUCUUAGUGGAUGACGCACCGAAGCCGAAAGGCAGGAAGAAGGAAGAGCGACGCGAAAGGGGAAGGGGACGAGGGAUGGACCGUGGGCGUGCUCGGGGAAGAGGACGAGGAAGGGGCUUCUGA